GGGAGACGUAGAUCAAGGCUUUCCGAACUCUGACUGGGACAACGUAACAGCGGGAUCCUCACGCAUUGCACUGUGGUGCUCUGUGGCUGCAGUGGCUCGCUAUAGGUGCCAAAAUUCCGCUUUGUAGUGUCGGCCAUCUAUAGAACGGUUGUCUGGUUGGAUGUGGCAUGGCGGGUACUUUAGCAAAGAAGAACACCAAUGAUGCACUUCUGCCGCAGGUAGCUCGGCGCGAUGGCCGGGGGCGAGGGGGCUGCCUCUGGGGGCGGCUGGCGGCAGACGCUGGUCCGCCUCAUGGAGCGUCACCGCGGUCUGAUCGUGGUGCUCUUCUGUCUGCCGGCCUCGUUUCUGUUUGACGUGGCGUUCCGCCUGCGCGCCUGGGUCCGCCGAGAGCUGCUGGCGGCGCCCAACAAACACCACCAGCGGGUGGCCGAGAUUCAGGCCCGGGUGCUGCGAUGGAACAAGCUACCUCCAUCUGAGCGGAAACUGAUGUGCACGGACCGACCCAACUGGCUCAGUCUCUCCACCACAUUCUUCAGAAAGGAUCUCUGCCACCGAAUCCCGGUACCGCUGUACGACAUCCUGUCGCUGAACGAGAGCCAGAUGACGGUCAAGGUGGAGCCCAUGGUCAGCGUCGGACAGAUCACAGAGUUCCUCAUUCCGCAGGGAUACACGUUGGCUGUGACGCUGGAGAUCGCGGAUGCAACCCUGGGAGGUCUGGCCAUGGGUGUCGGCAUGACGACCUACUCACACAAGGUGGGUCUGUACCAGGAGGCGAUCCGGGCGUACGAGGUGGUGCUGGGAGACGGCAGUCUGGUGCGAGUCACGCGCGACAAUGAGCACCGGGACCUGUACCACACGCUGCCCUGGUCGCACGGCACGCUCGGCUUCCUGGUGGCUCUCGAGCUCGACAUCGUCAAGGUCAAGCCGUAUGUCCAUAUGAAGUAUAUCCCGGUGACUGGCCAGAAGAAAUACUGUGAUAUGAUCAGGGAUCUCUCCGGAGCCAACGACAAGGACAAACAGACUGCCGACUACCUGGAGGCCACUGUGUACAGUAAGGAGAGGGCCGUCAUCAUGGUGGGCAACUUCGCCGACCUGCCGCCCGGCCAGGAGCACAAGGUGAACCACAUCACGCGCUGGUACAAGCCGUGGUUCUACAAGCACACGGAGAGUUUCCUUCAGCGCGGCGAGGGGGACGAGUACAUUCCACUGCGCGAGUACCUGCUGCGGCACAACCGGGCCAUCUUCUGGGUGGUCGAGGCCAUGAUCCCGUUCGGAAACAACCCGCUCUUCCGGUUCUUCCUGGGCUGGCUGCUGCCUCCGAAGCCCGCGUUCCUGAAGUUCACCACCACGCCCGGUGUGCGGGCGAUGACCUUCACCAAACAGGUGUUCCAAGACAUCGUGCUGCCGAUGAACAUUCUGGAGAAGCAGAUCGACGUCAGUGAGGAGCUGUUUGACACGUACCCGAUCCUCGUCUACCCGUGCCGCAUCUACGAUCACGGAGAACACGCUGGCCAGCUGCGGCCGCCGCGGCCGGACCAGCGCUGCCCGGGCGCCGACUGGGGCAUGUUCAACGACCUGGGUGUGUACGGCGUGCCGGGACCCGUGCGGCGCAAACAGCGCUACGACGCCGUCAAACAGAUGCGCGCCAUGGAAAAGUUCUGCCGCGAGGUGGGCGGCUACCCGUUCCUCUACGCCGAUAUAUUCAUGGACCGGAAGGAGUUUGAGCAGAUGUUCGAUCUCACCGCGUACGAGCGCGUCCGGGAAAAGUACCAUGCCAAUGGCGCCUUCCCGCAUCUCUACGACAAGGUGAAGCCAGAGAUCGACGUCUUUGCAGUGGGCGAGGAGUACAUUGAUCCUCUGUAGUCUACCAUCACCCUGCUAACCUCACACCCUAGACCGUGACUUCGCGCUACUGGGAUAAGGCUACCGGUGGUUACACCGUGGUUGACGUUCCCUGCUACCCGUGACUGCCGACUGAUGACUGCCAAUGUCGUUGCAAACGUGAUGCGUGUUACAAAUCUAUGUUUAUCGUAUGUGACAGACAUGCUUUGUCUCGAGGACAAUGUUAUUUGUUAUCAUGUUUUAUGUCAACUAUCAAUAUACGUGAACUGCACUGAA